ACAGUGUUUCCAAUUCGAGUAUAUGUGUUAUUCCAACAUAAGAGAUAUUCCCAUAUUAUUAUUAUUUUUUGUUUUUAAUUUGAUAUUUAUGCAAUCAAAUAAAUUGACGUUUCGAUAAAUCGUCGUUUCUGAAAUCAACGAUUGUAGUUUAAAUGAAUUGACAAAUGAAUCAACACUUUUUUUUGGCUAAAAUUACAGCAUAUUUGUCAGUUAUUUUUUUCAAUUGCACAAAUAAACACCCGUUAAACGAAAUCGGUCGCAACAAUAGUUAACGGAACUAAAAGGAGCACAGAGACGUAGUCAGUUAUGGGAUGUGGUCAAAGUAAAAUACAUUUGUACCCGAGAAAAUCGAAAAGCAAAACAAAUGGAAAGAAAAGCGGACACACUGAUCCAGACGCUGAUGCGGACGAAGAAGAGGGACAUAUUUCCAAUGAAAAUGAAAAAGAGAUAAACAAGGACAAAGAACGAAUUGAAGAUGAUACAUUGUCAGAUGAACAAGGAUCUCCAGAGCAGCCAAAUAAUGAAAUUUCCAUAUCACUGUUACGCGCAAAAAAUUUGUCAUUGCUGCAAAGCCAAGAGAUUUCGUCCAGCCAACAGAACUUUUUUCGAAUGUUGGACCAAAAGAUCGAAGACGGUCCUGAUUAUGAUUCAUCGAGUGAAACCGAAAUGGCACUAGAAGAAGCGCGCCUAAAUGCGUUAGUUCAACAUUGGGAAUCGGCCAGUUUAACGGCAUCAUCGCUAUGUUCGUCAGCAAGUAGAUCACUGCAAGGAACGCCCGUUCGUCAAACCGCUAUGAGGCCUCAAGACCAGCAACAACUCCAACUACAACAACAACAUCAACUUCAGCAACAGCAAUGUGGUAUUGCAUCAGUUCGCUUAAGUGCCAUGAAUGCGAGUAACCGACAAAGACCUGCCACCGUCAAUGUUGCCAACACAAAUGUUGGCAUCGCCACAAAUAAUCCCAAUAUUGUAGGUAACAUGUUACCACAACAUGUUCCAAUUUCAUAUUAUACACACUCAGCACCUCAAACUUCAUACUUUAACGAUGUUUUACAUCCAAUGCAGGUUCCGCAAAUGCAGCCCGAGCCGCGUUUUCCGCCAGCAAUCAGUGUACAGCGCCUAAAUCCGCAAGUACAGCGACAAAUCCGUGAAACUCAAGAACUGAUCAAAGAUUCAUGUCCGCAAUUAUAUGCAGCUGGUUAUGGUCCGGGACCCCCACCGAUGCGUACACAACCACGUCAACCAACACGACGUCCCACCCUUGAAACACAGUUCUCUCAAGAAUUAUCGUGAUAUUUGGAUUACUAGUCUGAAAUUAUUUAUUUAAAAAAUUCAUUAAUAUUAAUAAUAAUAAUAAAUAAUAAUUUAUUACUGAAAAUCCAUGUUUAAGUGAAAACAGAUGAAAACAAAAAUGCUAAAAAAAUAGAUGUUUAAAUUUGUAGUUUAGAUUGUCCAGUCCUUAAGCGAUCUGAGUAUAUAUAAAUAUAUAUUUAAAAAAACAAAUAUUUAAAGUGAACAAAAAUGAAUAUUGAAAAUAAAUUUACCAAAAUACAAAUGAAAUUCCAACCAAAAAUAACUGAAGAAGAAGAAUGGAUUUUUUGGAAUGUAGUAAAAAUGCACUCACACACAUACCGAUUUAAAAGUGAACAUAAUGGAAAAAUUGAAACAUUUUGCAAAAAUGGAUUGCAGAUAGAGAAAAAUGUAAAGGAAAUCAGAGAAAAUGCGAAAUAUUAUUGACUUCUAUAGUCGUUUGAUUAAAAAAAAGAAGAACAAAUUCGAGUGUAAAUCACUGUUGAUGAGAGAUUUUAUAUUGCAAUUUAACCUGUAUAUUUUUCCACUCGACCCCCACACACAUACCAAUCAAUCGAUCAAACCUUUUGGAGGAUUUAGCAUUUUUUUCUGUUUGAAAUAGGACAGAAUAAAACUAACAUAUAAAACAUGAUAUAAUCGAAAAACGAAAUUGUCGUAUUUUCUAUGAGUACAGGAAAUUUCAAGGACAACUUUGCAGUUUAUUGAUUUCAGUAUCUGAAAGAGUUUGUGAUUAAAUUCAUGUUUAAACAUUUGUUAUCCAUAGAAAUAUUUUUUGAAAACUCUUGAACUCUUUUGAUGGUUGAAGAAAUCUACUGUGUGCUCACCAUAACGUGGAAGCCAACAUGUUAUCAUUUGGAAUUUUUUAAAGUUAAGAAAAGUUCCAUAGACUUUCGAAAUGGAAUAAAAGACUUGAUGAAAUGAGUUUAAACAAAUUGCAUGCUUAUGAUUGACAAGUACCUUACGAUCGGGUCAAAAUUUAAAAAACACUACAAUAAAUACUCACAUUGUAACAUAUAACUUCAACUUUUGGAAAAUUCUUUGUUUGAUUGAGCUCCUUUUACUCCAAGAUGGGCUAAAGUAUUUAAUGGAGUUAAUAAAAACUAUAAAUCUUGGAAGAUUUUUCGUCCAACAUGUUUUUUUUUUUUAAAUAUCUGCUUGUAUAAAGUCAAAAUGUGGCUAAUAUUUCUGCAAAUGCUGUGCCCGUAAAAUUAAAAUUGCAAGAAUAAAGUUAUGAUUGGUUUGAAAUAAAACCAAAUGCGUUGAAUGUGUUAAAUGUUCUGGCUUAAUUGCAAUAUAUAAAUUGAACCUAUGAUUAUGUUAUAUGACCUGAAUUGAAAAUGAUAUUUAUGGGUAUGUAUGCAAUGGUUUUCAGUACAAUAUCUAAUUGAAUCGAAUACAAAUAAUGAUAGAUUUCAAUGGAAAAAGAUGGCAAAAAAUGCAAAAAUAAAAUUGAAAUGAAUUGAACAAAAGAAGAAGAAACCUUAUUGUAUUGUAAUCCAAGGUGAAAACGAUGACAAAUAUUGUGAACACAUUCACCUUUUUUUUCUUUAUUCUCAUCUAAAAACAGUUGUAUUAAAAAUCAAAUAAGGAGUGGAAAAAAAAUCUAAUCAGAAACAAUAUUUUUAUCACAACUUCCACUCAUAAGCAAUAGAGAGCCUUCUGCUGACUGGAUUUGAUUGUUUCUAUUUUUAAAAGCUUAAAAUAUAAAGAAAAUGCCAAUUCUAAAAUUUCAUCGCCAAUGUAUCAUCACACUCAUUUAGUAAAUCAUUCACGUAUUCACAAGUGGAUUUGUAACGAUGGAUGUAUGUGUGUGUCAUAAUUCAUUUACCUUUUUUUGCAUCAUUCAACAAAACUCAUUCAUUAGCAAUUGUACUGAGAGACAUUGUCAGUACGAUGAAAAGAAACAAAAAAAAAUACAUGUAUAGAAUAUUUUCGACUGAUUGUAAGCAAUUAUUGAAUUCUAUUUCGAAACAAAUGAGAGUUCUAAUUUAAAAUGAAAUUAAAAAAAAAUGAAAAUCCACUUUCUAAUCUAAAUGUAUUGUAAUAUUUAAAAAAAAUCGAAGCAAACAAAUUAAAAAGCACUAAAUAUAAUCCAAAAUCAAUUCGUUCUCACCAAAAUAAAAGAAAAGAGAAACAUUGAACAGAAAGAACAACAAAUAACUUUGCCAAUUGUUAGUUCGAAUUAAAAUAAAUAAUUAUUGAAGACGUAGAAAAUUAUAAAAACUGAAAUGAAAGCACGAUAUAUAGCAGCGAUCUCUUUUCAAACAAUUUCUUUUCCGACCAUUUUUUUUAUCGAGCUGUUGCGAGGAUAUACAUUUUUUUUGGUGAAAAACUAACUUUCAUCAUAGACUUUAAUCGUCAAAAUGAUGAUUGAAAUUUAUUUAGUUGCCAUGAUAGAAACGAUAGUACUCGUUAAAGCUUCGAUUGAAACAAAUUGUGAAAGAAAAAUAAAACGAAGAAUAUCUGCGCCUUUGAACGUAUCAAAUUUAAUCAUAAACCGUCCUUUCAACCCCUUGACUUUCCUAUUUUCCCGCUCCAAAGAAAUGAAAAUGCACAUUUUCAUAGCAAAAGAAAUCCAGUACUCAAAUCGAUUUCAUUAUUAUCGACAAAAAUGGUUUCCUUGAUUCAUUCAGCAUACUUAUUUCAUAAAUGUUUUCAUCAACGAUAAAUAUACAAUAGUAAUUUUGUGAGAAAAAAAUAUUAGAACAACAAUGGGCCAAAUGUGAUUUCGGCAAUCAUUUUGUAAAGAAAACCGAAAAAAAAAACACUUAUAUUUUUAAUUAAACAUUGUACGGGUAUGUUUUUAAAGACAACAAUUUUUUUUCUGAACGAACAAAGACUUGAUCUAUUUCAUUAUCAUGAAAUCAACCUUUCAAAUCAAUAUGCCAUUCAUUGCAGUCAAUUUGUUAGUAU